GACUAUAAAGACAUGGUUGAUGAGUUUGGUGUUGGAGAACUUUACAUUAUAGAGAGCCAGUUACAUGAACUUUUAUUAUCUUACCUUCAUAAAUGUCUGGAGAUAUAUAUAUAUAAUUUCUCAGCUGAAACUUGUUUCUCUUUUUUGUGUUCAAUUCAGAAGUUCAAGUGAACUCUCUAAUACUAAAAUUAAUUUAAUAAUUCAGCAAUAACAAAACGUCUCAAUAUUUAAGGGGAAUCGACAUCUAUUCUGGUAUUUAAGGACAGGUGUGUUCUCAACUCUAUCCAUGUGGUCUUUUACAAGUCUGGGAUUAGCUUCUUUUUUUGCAGAUACUAGAAUGCUUGAUAGAGGAAGAAAACAAAAAACUGGGUCAUGUUCAGUGCUUGGCAGGUUAGACCCAGUCUGGAAUGGACCCUCUAAUGUGGACCAUGCAGAACCAGCCCAGCCCAUAAAUAAUACGGAGAGGAAAAUAACAGUGAACGCUGAAGGAGACAAGACGAGGCGUUGGGCAAUGAAGAAUCAUUUUAAAGCAAGGGACCUUUCCAUAAAAGGCAUGUCGGUGUUGCUGUUUUUGGCUUUGGCGUGCCUACACAUGGCUUCCUCUACACAGUUAUCAGCAUUGGACUCAUGUGGACCAGAGGUUGUAGCUCUGAAACGCAGCAUACGAAAACUGGAGAACAAACUCUUGAUUGGGGCUUGGCAGGUAGAGCACUUGCAGAGGCACAAAUACUUCGAACCACUUCAGCCUGAUGUGCCGGAUACUAAAGCUGUGACUGACCAUGAUGGAAAUAACAGCAGCAAUGGGACAUUAGACAGCUCUGAUAUGACUCCGGUCCAACAACUUGCACCUGCAGGCAAUUUAAUUGUCCAUGACAAAGACUGCUCUGAGCUAUUUGACAGGCUCAAACCAUCAAGCGGUUUCUACCGAAUCAGACCCAAACCACACCAGGAGCCUUUUUUGGUUUACUGUGACAUGGACGAUGGAGGAGGAUGGACGGUUUUUCAGAGGCGGCGGCAUGGAAAAGUCGACUUUGACAGGGAUUGGGUGGACUACAAAGAAGGUUUUGGGGACUUCAAACUGUGGAAUGAUGAGUUUUGGUUGGGGAAUGAGCACAUUUAUUCUCUACUGUCAGAAGGCAAUAACUUGGUGAAGAUUGAUCUGAUGGACUGGGAUGGAAAGAAAAGUCAUGCAUUUUAUGAGAACUUCAGGAUCACAGAUGAAGCUGAUAAGUUUCGCCUCCAGUAUGAAAUGUAUAGUGGGAAGGCAGGAGAUGCUCUGACUGGUGGUGGGGGGAUGGUGGAGCAUUGGUCCACUUGUCUCAGUGGCAUGCAGUUCAGCACUAAAGAUCAGGACAAUGAUCGCUAUCUUCAGGGCAGCUGUGCACAGGAAAACAAAGCAGGGUGGUGGUUCAACAGGUGUCACGCAGCCAACCUAAAUGGAAAGUUCUACCGCAAAGGGCAGUACAAGGGCCAGUAUGAUAACGGUGUGGUGUGGGGGACCUGGAGAGGCCUCUGGUAUUCACUCAGGCACACCACAAUGAAGGUGCGGCCUCUGGUUUUCCUGGAUGCUGGAGGCAGUGGAGCAGGGGAAAUUUAAAAACACAUGCUUUGAGUUCCUUUGAGAAUGAGGGGAAA